GUGGACGUUGAUACAAAGCUGGCAGAACGUUUGGGGUAAUUUAGACAAAUAAGCGCAAAUGGUUUUUCUUCGGGCCGUUGAUGACAAGCACCUGAUCCACACUGGGCUGACCCUGAUAAAGGUGGAGCGGGAAUACACCCAUGUAAAGUAUUUUAAUGACGAAGGGCUGGAACAAGCAAAAUGCAGUUUGACAAGUUGGGCGAGGGCCUGGUCCCAGAUGUGUCAUAACUGAGGUGUUGCUAAGGAACAUACCUAUCAACUAUCUUUGUGGACAGGGGCGGAAGCAGGUGACUUUAUGAGAAGAUGUUUGCAUGCGUUGUGAUGGGGCACUGCAGAUGACAAGCGGCCUGCACAGUCUUCGUUUGACUAGCCAGCUUGUCUGAAUCUUCAGAUCUCUGAUCAAAGGUCAAACCUAAAACUGUGGGAAAGUGAUCAAAGUUACAAACCAAACAGGGACUGGAGAGAUAUUCUGAGAAGGGAACAUACGGUGAGGAGAGUUUCUGCUGCGCUGUGGAAGUAACUUUGGAGAUCAAAGUUUUGGAUAAAAUAUCCUCACAGAGACAAUGCCACAGUUUAAAACGGCAACGACAUGCACCAUUGCAGAGACACCGGAGCCUGCUAGGAGGGGCAACAUCCGAAGAGUACGACUGACACUGCAUGCUGAAGGGAAAAACACUCCGGCAAAAGAUGAAAUCAAAAAUAAAGGAAAAACUGAAACGGAAGAGAAAACAAACACAGGAAAUAGGAAACAGCCUGGAUCUCUUCAUCCUGAAAGUGACAGAGGCUCAGUUCUGCCUCUUCACAAUGGCUUUGGAUCCAACACCUCUCCCAACAGCACAGUGUACGGAGUUGUCCAGCGAGCGGAUACGGAUAAAGCAGAGGUGGUUGUGUACGAGUGGUCGGUUAACCAGCUUAAAGAGGAAAUGAACUACAUCAAGGAGGUGCGGCAGUCAUUGGAGCAGGUCAGACAGCAAAUGUUCGGUGAGUUCAACGGAGUGAAGGAGAGAAUGCAGCAGCUGACCAAUGAAAUGAGGGCAUCAGAGGCGCAGCAGGCAUCCUUACAGCAGGAGGUGAGAGGCAACUCCUCAGCCCUGGAGCAGUACAGGCAGAUGAACAACUCCUUGACCGCCAUGACAUUAGACUUGCAGCGAUCCCUCUUGGAUGCAACGGUAGACACCAACAGAAAGCAGGAGAAAAUGAGAGAUCUUCAAAGGUCAUAUCACCAGUCACUGGAGCAAAUGAAGGAGAAGGAUCAGCAGAUACAGAACGCACAAAUGGAGAACCAGAUCCUGAAGCUUAAGAUAGAAUCGUCUCAGGAAGCCAAUGCCAGUGCAAUGCGGGACAUGACCAGGAAACUUUAUAACCAAUACGAAGAUAAACUGAAAGAAGCUGAGGAGAAGCACCAGGCUGAGAAGAAAGCUCUUCAGGCACGAAUAAACCAGGCUCUCCAAGAGCUGAAGGAAGCUAACCAGAAGGUUUUGGCAGCAGAGCAGAAAAUCGCAGAAAGGGACCAGAGGAUUCAGGAGUUGGACCAACUCAUUGCUCGAAUGAUGGAGGAGCGUCACCUCUUACAGCAGAGGUUACAGGAACAAGAGGAACAGCUCCGACAGCUCAGACAGAGAGAUGAACCAGACGCACAGAGCAGUGAGAGGUUGCAGAAAGUGGAGGAGGAAGCUGUCAGUCUGCGGGAAAGAAUUCAACACCUGGACAACAUGGUACACUGUCAACAGAGGAAAGUCAAGCAAAUGAUUGAAGAGAUUGAAAUUCUUAAGAGCAAAAUCCAACACAAAGAUGCAAUUAUUGAGAACAUGAUGGAAAGAAUUUCUUUCUUGGAAGCUGAGAACAAAGAACUACAAGACAAACUGGACUAUAUGAUGUCACUGGGUCAACAGAGGAGAGUGGAAACCAGGGAACAAGCUGUGUCUUGUGAUAUUCCCAGCAGCAUUACUCCAGUGAAAAGCAACCAAAAUGUAUCCACCCCAUACAUGAGGCUGUUGGAAUUAAGUCUACAGAAAGAGAUGCCCUGACCGUCUUGCUCGUUUAACAAUACUUAUGUCCAGCUGAAUAUGCGAAGCAAUC